UUCAAGAUGGCAGCCUCCUGGAGCAACAUGAAAAUUAUCUAUCAUAAAAUAGGCAUAAAAUUAUACAAGACACAAACAAUUAAAGAUAUUUGUCACUCUUUAAACAUCUAUAGAUAUUGCACUACAAGUGCACCAAAUAGGGCAGACAGUGGAAAGAAACAGUAUGUAUCAUUGCAGUACACAUGUUCCACUCUACCUGGUGAUAAGAAAGACACGUCCUGUGAGCUUCCUACAGUAUAUAGUCCACAGUAUGUAGAGGCAGCCUGGUAUGACUGGUGGCUAAAACAAGGGUACUUCUCUCCAAAGGAAGGUGCUACAGGAACAAAGAAGUUUGUUAUAUGUCUGCCUCCUCCAAAUGUAACAGGAACACUUCAUCUAGGUCAUGCGAUCACUUGCGCUGUUCAGGAUGCUCUAGUCAGAUGGAGUCGCAUGAAAGGACACAAGACUGUGUGGAUACCAGGUUGUGACCAUGCCGGAAUAGCAACACAAGUUGUUGUAGAAAAACAGUUGUGGAAGGAUGAGAGAAAAACACGGCAUGAUCUGGGUAGAGAAGAGUUCCUGAGACGUGUUUGGAAAUGGAAGGAUAGUAAAGGGGACACAAUUUAUAACCAGAUGAAGAAGAUGGGAGCAUCCCUAGACUGGGAACGUGCCUGUUUUACUAUGGACACGACAAUGAGUGAGGCUGUUACUGAGGCAUUUGUUCGUCUACAUGACGAAGGUCUGAUAUACAGAAGUAACAGAUUGGUUAACUGGUCUUGCCAACUCAAGUCAGCAAUUUCUGAUAUUGAGGUUGAGAAUGUAAGUUUGGAAGGACCUACCAGAAUGUCUGUCCCUGGUUAUAGCAAACCUCAAGUGUUUGGUGAAAUGGCUUCUUUUGAUUAUCCUGUUGUUAAUUCAGAUGAGAGAAUAACAGUAUCGACCACACGUUUAGAGACAAUGCUCGGAGAUACAGCCAUAGCCAUCCAUCCAGAGGAUCCACGGUAUAAACACCUGCACAGCGAGUUUGUCCAACACCCAUUAGUUGACAGGCAAAUUCCUAUAAUCUGUGAUGAUUAUGUAGACUUGAACUUCGGCACAGGAGCUGUAAAAAUCACUCCGGCCCAUGAUCAUAAUGACUGUAACAUCGGGAUACGUCAUAACCUAGAAUCAAUAAAUGUCAUUAAUGAUUCUGGAGAAAUGGAAAAUGUUCCUGACCACUUUAUGGGAAUGAAGAGAUUUGAUGCCAGAAGAAAAGUGGCGGAGGCGCUAGGGGAGAAGGGUUUAUUCAAAGGAAAACAGCCGCAUUCAAUGGUCUUACCUGUGUGUAGUAGAUCUAAGGAUGUGAUAGAACCAAGGUUAAAGGCACAGUGGUAUGUCAACUGUGAAGAAAUGGCUUCUGAUGCUAUUAAGGCUGUAGAAAGUGGCAGUCUGACAUUUACUCCUGAGUUUUAUAAGAAGAUUUGGUAUGAAUUUCUUAAAGAUGAUAGAUCAAGUGAUUGGUGUAUUUCAAGACAGAUAUGGUGGGGUCAUAGAAUACCAGCAUAUAAAGUUAUACUGAAGUCAAAACAGUCUGUGAAUGAGGAGAUAUGGAUCAGUGCACACACAAAGGAAGAUGCCUAUGUUAAAGCAGAGAAACAGUUAGGUCUGAACAGAAAGGACUUCACUCUUCAACAGGAUGAAGAUGUUUUGGAUACCUGGUUCUCAUCUGCACUGUUUCCAUUUUCUGUUCAUGGAUGGCCAGAUCAGACAGCAGAUUUAUCAAAAUACUAUCCCAGCAGCCUCUUAGAAACAGGAAGUGACAUCAUUUUCUUCUGGGUUGCCAGGAUGGUGAUGAUGGGACAGAAAAUGACUGGACAGCUUCCUUUCUCAAAAGUUUUACUUCACGGUAUACUGCGAGAUGCUCAGGGUCGAAAGAUGAGUAAAUCUUUGGGUAAUGUCAUUGAUCCAAUGGAUGUUAUACAUGGAAUAUCAUUAGAGGAACUAAACAAGCAAGUAGAGGAGAGUAAUCUUGACCCCAAAGAGAUAGAGCUUGCAAAGAAAGGUCAGAAACAAGACUUUCCUAAUGGAAUACCAGAGUGUGGUACAGAUGCUCUUAGAUUUGCUCUCUGCUCUUAUAAUUUUAAAGACCCAGAAAUAAACAUGAAUAUUUUACAUGUACAAAGUUAUCGCAAUUUUUGUAACAAAAUAUGGCAGGGAUACAGAUAUGUGUCAGAUAAAUUGGGACCAGACUUCAACUCUACAGUAAAUUUAAAGACUCACACAGUAACAAGUUGUGUAGAUAGGUGGAUAUUAAGCCGACUGAGUCAUCUUGUGUCUCAGUGUGAGGAACAUUUCACCAACUAUGAUCUACACUAUGCAACACAAGCAUUGUACAGUUUCUGGUUCAGUGAUUUCUGUGAUAUAUAUCUGGAAUACACAAAGCAGUUGUCCCAGUCAGAGGAUGCAGAUAUUUCAACUGUUAAGGAGAUUCUCUACCUGUGUACAAACACCUACCUGUGUGCAAUAAGUCCAUUUAUGCCGUACUUGUCAGAAGAGCUGUACCAGAGACUCGCACCUAGAACUGACAGUAUUUGUGUGGCGGAAUACCCAUCUGUAGAAAAGUAUAUCUGGGGUAAUGAAGAAUUGGACAGGGAGAUGGAUAUAGUGAGAGAAAUACGUAGAGUUACUUUAUCCCUUACCCAGACAUUUAACUUGUCCAGGAAACAUGUAGAAGUGUAUAUACAAGCAAGCAGUGAUGGCUGUGAUAUGUUAAGUCAGUAUAUGGAUGUGUUUAAUGCACUGUUGAGAGUUAAAUCAUUUACGUUAGUCAGUGACGGUACAUCAAUACCAGCUGGCUGUGUACAGAGAGAAGUAUCUACAGGAAUAGUGGUUCAUCUCAAACUUCAGGGUUUAGUUGAACCUUCUGCAACGAUUGAAAAGUUUGAAAAGAAAGUAACAGGUCUACAAAAGAAACUAGACGGUAUUGAGAGAAAAUUGAGAGAUAAUGACAAAGAUCAAGGAGAUAAUAAGAAGAUGGACUCAUACAGGAAUGAAAUUGAAACCUUCCAGAAAUACAUUAACAUUUUAAAGACAUUUGAUAAACCAGGAUGAUAAAAUGAAAGCGUGAUUUAUACAACCCAGAAUGUGAUAGGAAAGCUGGCUUGUAUGUCAUUCUAAAUGAGAGUGAAGUUUCAGGUCCAGAUUUCUUUCUGGUAUCUGCAAGUAGAAUUUGAUCAUUAUGUCUCCCCCAGGAGACAUAUUGUUUUUGCCCUGUCCGUCCGUCCGUCCUUCCGUCCGUCCGUCCGUCCGUCCGUCCGUCCGUACGUCACACUUCAUUUCCGAGCAAUAACUGGAGAACCAUUUGACCUAGAACCUUCAAACUUCAUAGGGUUGUAGGGCUGCUGGAGUAGACGGCCCCUAUUGUUUUUGGGGUCACUCAGUCAAAGGUCAAGGUCACAGGGACCUGAACAUUGAAAACCAUUUCCGAUCAAUAACUAGAGAACCACUUGACCCAGAAUGUUGAAACUUCAUAGGAUGAUUGGCCAUGAAGAGUAGAUGACCCCUAUUGAUUUUGGGGUCACUCCGUCAAAGGUCAAGGUCACAGGGGCCUGAACAUUGAAAACCAUUUCCGAUCAAUAACUAGAGAACCACUUGACCCAGAAUGUUGAAACUUCAUAGGAUGAUUGGUCAUGAAGAAUACAUGACCCCUAUUGAUUUUGGGGUCACUUCGUCAAAGGUCAAGGUCACAGGGGCCUGAACAUUGAAAACCAUUUCCAAUCAAUAACUAGAGAACCACUUGACCCAGAAUGUUGAAACUUCAUAGGAUGAUUGGUCAUGUAAAGUAGAUGACCCCUAUUGAUUUUGGGGUCACUCCAUCAAAGGUCAAGGUCACAGGACCCUGAACAUGGAAAACCAUUUCCGAUCAAUAACUAGAGAACCACGUGACCCAGAAUGUAAAUCCUUAAUAGGAUGAUUGGUCAUGCAGAGUAGAUGACCCCUAACGAUUUUAGGGUCAUUCCAUUAAAGGUCAAGGUCACAGGGGCCUGAACAUUGGAAACCAUUUCCGGUCAGUAACUUGAGAACCACUUGACCCAGAAUGUUGAAACUUAAUAGGAUGAUUGGUCAUGCAGAGUAGAUGACCCCUAACGAUUUUAGGGUCACUCUGUGAAAGGUCAAGGUCACAGGGGCCUGACAUUGAAAACCAUUUCCAAUCAAUAACUUGAGAACCACUUGACCCAGAAUGAUGAAACUUCAUAGGAUGAUUGGUCAUGCAGAGUAGAUGACCCCUAACGAUUUUAGGGUCACUCUGUUUAAGGUCAAGGCCACAGGGGCCUGAACAUGGAAAACCAUUGCCGAUCAAUAACUUGAGAACCUCUCGACCCAGAAUGUUGAAACUUCAUAGGAUGAUUGUUCAUGCAGAGUAAAUGACCCCUAUUGUUUUUGGGGUCACUCUGUUAAAGGUCAAGGUCACAGAGGCCUUAACAUUGAUAACCAGUUCUGAUCAAUAACUAGAGAACCACUUGACCCAGAAUGUUGAAACUUCAUAGGAUGAUUGAACACGCAGAGGAGAUGACCCCUAUUGAUUUUGGGGUCAGUCUAUUAAAGGUCAAGGUCACAGGAGUCUGUUCAUGUAAAAUCAUUUUUUGGAAAUAACUUGAGAACCACUUGACCUACAAUGUUGAAACUUAAUAGGAUGAUUGGACAUGCAGAGUAGAUGACCCCUAUUUAUUUUUAGGUCACUUGAUCAAAGGUCAAGGUCACAGGAGUCUGAACAGUGACUUGAGAACCACUAGGCCAAGAGUGUUGAAAUUUAGCGGGAUGACUGGACAUGCCAAGUAGAUGAUCCCUGUUACAGUCAACCAUCAGUGUCUCUUUGACUUUCGCUCCUGACCCCUAUUGACUUCUUGCCUAUAGGACUUUGCAUUGGGGGAGACAGGCGCUUUUUUACAAAAGCAUUUUCUAGUUUGAUAAAGAGGUUAUGAUUUCAGUAAUUGUAUGUGUAUAUGUACUCACACAUGUAGUAAACAGCUACAUGUAUACUGUAAAAUCAUUAAUAUUCAUGGGGGACUAAUUUUUGUGGCUAUCCAGUUUUAGUCAAUCCAUGAUAUUUAAUCCCAAUGAACAAUUAAAGUCCCAUUCAUUUUAUGUUGAUCAGUUUAAAGCUAUGAAUUCAUAUCCCACGAAAUUGCCUUUUUGCAUUUUGACGAAAAUUGCAAAAUCUUGUGUAAUGAUAUUAAAUGAUUUUAGAGAAUAUAAUAAGCCUUUGAUAAAAAGAGGUAUUGUGCUAAAGAUACAGUAUAUUGAUGCCUAAAUAUAUUUAUUAUUUGUUAGUUUUAUUAUGCUUAUGUAAGUAUGUACAUUAUUGAUAAUAAAAUUUUAAUUCAGA